AUGCCCUCUUUCCCCGCAAUACGAAUUGCUGCUGCCAUCUCCAUCCUCAUCCUUCUCAGGGAAUCAACGGCUAGGGAGCUACGCCCCUCCGAUCACGGUUUGGGGUACCAAAGCCAGCCGACGGUGGGGCUGAACUCAUCGGACACGAUGUCCUUCUUCGCAGCAACAUCCAAUUCGUCCUCAUCAUCCACGCCGUCUACGAUGACGUUUCCCAAGGCCACGAAUUCCAACGACACCCCGUGGUGGGGUGCUGGAGGCAAUCGGCGGGGAAGUGAUCACGUGAGACAGGUUCUGCUGUUGGGGAGCUUGGUUUGUGGGGUCACGGGUCUGGCUUUGUUGGCUGCGUCUGCUUUGGUUUAUUGUAUUAAAAUUAGAUCAUCCCCUUCCACACAUUCUACUAAUAACACCAACAAUAGUAAUAGUUUAGUCUCGAGUAUUAGCAAGUGA